AUGGCACUGACGGAAUGCGAGAGCGAUACCGUCGAGUCGGCUCCUCUUCGAUAUGCCAAGACGCCCCAUUUGUGGGCGCUGGGCGUCGGAGCGGUCGUUAGCGGCAACUUUUUCGGCUGGCAGGCGGGACUCGUAGCUGGUUUCAACGGCUUACUCAUUAACUUGUCCUUAGUCACAGUGCUCUACGUCCUGCUGGCGUUCUCGAUUGCUGAGCUCUCGACGACGGUACCAUCGGGUGGCGGUCCCUACGUCUUUGCUUUGCAUGCCAUCGGUCCUCGCGCUGCCUUCUUGGCAGGUCAAGCCGAGAGCCUCAAGGUCGUCAUCACUUGUGCUGUGAUUGUCACGGGCAUUAGCUCGUACAUGAACCAGCUGCUGGACUGGAGCUCCGACUAUGGACCGAUCUGGUGGACGGUGUUCUACGUCCUCUUUGUCUCGCUCAACAUCAUUGGCGUCGAGAUGACGUUUCGCGUGCAAGCGAUCACGACAGUAGUGUCGGUGGUCAUUCUGCUCGUGUUUUACAUUGGGGCAACGACCAAAGUGUCGUAUACCGAGUGGGUCGCCAAUGUUCACUGGGAGUACCCCGGAGGUUGGGACGGACAAGUAAAGGGCUACUCGUUUGCCUUGUGGUUCUUCUUGGGGAUCGAAGAGCUCCCGCUUGCUGUGGAAGUGACGAUCGACCCAGGACGCAAUUUACCAACUGGUCUCCUCACGUCCAUCUUCACACUUGUGCUUCUUGCGGUUGGCACAGUCGUUUUCAAUUCCAUGAUCGACCCCGGCGCUCAGGACAUUUACAGUAGUGCAUCCCCGCUCCUAACAGGGUACCAGAGCGUCUUUGGCAACAACAGCAUCACCUCAGGCUUCUCCUGGAUGCUGCUCGUGGGCCUUAUUGCGAGCUUCCACUCGUUUAUCUUUUGCAUGGGUCAGCUCCUAUUUGCCAUUGCUCGGGACGGGUACUUGCCGCAGAUUCUGACUCGACGACACCCGACGCGAGGUACCAUGUACGUGUCGUUGAUUGCUGGUAGCAGCAUUGGAUUCCUCGUGGUGAUCGUGCUGCACUAUAUCAUCGGAGACGCGCGUCUGGGCUCGGUGAUGAUCAACCUCGCACUCAUAGGUGCCGUGAUUUCCUACAUCUUUCAGCUGACUUCCUUCAUUCAGCUGCGCAUCAACGAACCACGUCGAGUUCGCCCGUACCGCAGCCCUUUUGGUGUCCCUGGUGCUAUCAUAUCGAUGGUCCUGUGUCUUGCUGGAAUGAUCUCGAUCAUCUACAGCGGCACGUCCAGCUACGAGUUUCUAGCAUCCCUCAUCGUUGCGAUCGCGUACUUUUCCAUCGGUGCCAUGUACUUUGUCACUUGCGUACAGCCACGUGCUGUAGCACCGCCUACGCCGAUACAUCACAAUCUGAGCAAUGAGGCGGACAGCAUCGAGUUUCCGUAUCAACGAAGUGGUGUCGGAUACACUUAG